CCCGCUCCCGUACCUCCGCCCCGGCACCGCCGCCGAACCUCGGCAGCCCCGCUCCGCGCCGCGGGCCGGGGGCUGCUCCUCGCCCGGAGAAACUUUGCACACCACAACCCGCCCCCCCCCCCCCCCCUCCCAACCCCACCACCACCACCACCACCACCCCGGGUCGUGGCGGGGACCGUGGGCAUCAAAACAAUGAUUCCUCCAGGGGAAUGCCUAUAUGCUGGGAGGAAAAGGAGGAAACCCAUUCAGAAACAAAGGCCUGCAGUUGGGAAUGAAAAAUCGAAUCCUUCGAAGAGACACAGGGACCGUCUGAACGCGGAACUGGACCAUCUGGCCAGCCUUCUGCCUUUUCCACCUGACAUCAUAUCGAAGCUGGACAAACUUUCUGUCUUGCGCCUUAGUGUCAGCUAUCUCCGAGUCAAAAGUUUCUUUCAAGCCAUUCAAGAAAAGCACUUUAAGAAGCAAGUUGGCCAAAUGAUAAAAGAAGACAAUAUAUCUAACAAGACUGCUGUACAAGAGGGUGGACUUCUGCUAGAAUCACUGAACGGUUUUGCACUGGUGGUGAGUGCAGAUGGAAUGAUAUUUUAUGCGUCGUCGACAAUUGUGGACUAUCUAGGGUUUCAUCAGACUGAUGUAAUGCACCAAAACAUAUAUGAUUACAUUCACGUGGAUGAUCGCCAGGAUUUCUGUAGACAACUGCACUGGGCCAUGAAUCCUCCCCAGAUGUCGUCUGGACAGCAACUACAGACAGAAACAGGAGAAGAAUAUAUUCUCAGUAAAUUGUUUAAAGCGCAAGAGAAUGACAGCACAACAACAGAUUAUUCUUCCUUCUUAACUCGUUGUUUCAUCUGUCGAGUUCGCUGCUUGUUGGACAGUACUUCUGGCUUCCUUACAAUGCAGUUCCAAGGCAAACUAAAGUUUCUUUUUGGACAAAGGAAGAAGUCCUCAUCAGGAACAGUAUUGCCACCUCAGCUGUCCUUAUUCUGCAUAGUGGUACCACUUCUGCUCCCUUCUGUGACAGAAAUGAAGAUGAAAAGCCUGCUUGUGAAAGCAAAACACAAAGCUGAUGAUGCAGCAGCAGUGAAUACAAACUCCAGUUCCAAAGGUAAUUCAGGUCUGUGUGAAGCAGCAGAAUUAUAUGGAAGAAACAGUCAUCACGAAGGUGCAGCUUUCACUAAUGUGUUACAGAUUGCUGAAAACCAAAUCAAAGCAAAGAAUAAUGGAGAAAAUGGCAUUUCUCUAGUCAAAGUACAAACAAAUGAAGAUCACUGGGUCUGGGUUCAAGCUAACACUCAACUUCUGUAUCGAAGUGGUUGUUCAGAAUAUGUCCUUGCCCAACAGCAAAUGUUGAAGGAAGAAGAUGAACAACUGAAGAUACCAAGUGGUUUUGCCAGUUUAAAAGGAAACCUGGAGGGACUUUCCUGUAACAGUGCCAUUGAAACUCUGGGCCAGUGGAAGCAUCUUAACUGGACAGCAGUAAAAAAUGAACAAGAUAAUGUAAAAGUGAAGUUUGAGCCUCAUUCAAACGGUGAGUGUUUUAUGCAAGAGGAACCUCUCAGUUCCAACACAUCAGCUUUGGGCGUUCAAAACAACUGCACCACAAACAGUAGCUGGACUUUAAGAAACUCAAGCUCUUGUUCUAUGAGCCAGCGAAUGAACACAUGUUCAAACAGGAGAGCUGGAUCAUUCUACAACAGAGACCAAAGUUUCUUAAAUUUAGCACCAACUUGCCCUUCCCACUGGGGGAGUGCAGAAAGCUGCCAGUCUUACUCGGGCGUACAACAGCGUUAUGCAGAGAACUAUGCGACAGACCAUCUGAAACUGCAGAGACCGUUCAUAUCUUCAGAGUCUCUCUACGAUGCAGCCUUUCCCUUGGAGAUGCCCAUCAAAACAGAAUACGAUUCUGAUUCUGAAAACAUUGCCGAUAAUUACCUGACGUCACAAAACCGAGCCUGGCUGGAUGAGAGCGGCUCGGUAAGAAAGCAGGUGUUUAGCUACCCCAAUAGAGUGCACCUCAAAACAGAACCGGACCUCUGUGAGCCAGCCUCACCCUGUCAGAAGCCAAGGCACUGCCUUUACACACCGCAUAACUGGCAAUGCAUCGUAGCAAAUCAUCCCAACAACCUAAACCUGAACAGAUUUUGCAAGGGUUCACGCAGCAAGGAGGUGGCCCCUUUUUGCCCUCAGAACUCCUCCGGGUGUUUGGAAAGCAUGCCGGACCUGCAGCACACAGGGUGCUAUGGCCACUUCUACAGCCCCAGCCCAGGGGAGGAGAAAGAGCAGAAUAAUGAGGUGUUUAAAAUGCCGUGUGAAUUUAAAAACCCCUGCUUGGUUCAAGCAAUCAAGCGUGAGCCCCUGGAUUCUCCACCAUUGUCCAACAGUGGACAGAACAGAGUACACACGAGCUUCCCUGAAAAUACAUUAGCAGGUCCUGUGCCUCAUAAAACCACUGAAUGUACAUUUUUACAAUAGAUUUUAUAACAUUUGGAAUAUUUAUAAUGUUAAAAGCAAGAAGUUGUAGAUUCUCUUCCAGUUGGGUUAAAUGAGUUACUAAAAUUAAAAGCCAGUGGAAAGAUUUUGAGCGUGUGUGUGUGUGUGCAUCUGCGUGUGAGAAAAAACAGAUGCAAACACACACUCAUCCUAUACCCCCUACUGCCCUUCUCCUAGUGAUAUUCGGAAAGAAAGAAAGAUAAAACCUAAGGCACAGAAAAUACUCAUUACUCACUGCACAGGUAUACCUGCUAAUUUGUCUUCAUCAUCUUUCCUCUCUUGUCUACAGUUCAUUACCAAGGUCUAGCUAUUUCUGUUUCCUGCCUUUGUUCAGUUUGUUUUUCUCAAGCUGAUGUGAUGCCUCUGUGCAAAGAGAAAAUGUUUAUGGUCUUCACUGUGGCCAGGUUACCUUAGGAAUUUUUGCAUUUUUAUUUUUUUGAUACUCUAAUAAGAGGCAUCAGCUAUUCCUUUAUCUCAACAUUAAAUUGAUGGGAACAGGCAAGGGCUUCCCAACACAACUUCUUAAUUUAAAAGAUAGCAUUAAUUAAAACAAAUUACUUUCAUAAAAUGCAUUAGAAAUUAUUUCACUUCAAACUGAAGUUCUUCCCAAGUAUCCUUGAUAAUACUAAGGUUUUAGUACCCAUAUUCUUUCAUUUUGAAGCCAUCAGCCUUUCAUGUUGCUGUUUGAAAGACUGAGCAAUGGGAUGUUAUCCACUUCUAUAAAUGAGUUACAAAGUGCUGUUAAGUGUACAUGAGAAGAAAAUAUUUCUCCAAUUAUUUUCCUUGCUGUUACCUGUAAUGUUAACAAAGGAAAUGCACUUUUUUUAUUUGAUAGUAUCUCUUUGACUGAUAGCAGCUUGUUAGACUUCAUCACCUGACAUCAAAACCAAAUCCCACACUAAGAUUAGAUAAGUUAUUUUCAAAAGCAUCCUAGUUUCAUUC